ACACUCCUCUCAGUCACACACAAAAAGUAAACAAAGAGAAGCUUAAUUAGCAUUUUCAAAACAUGGCUUCAAAGAACAUCAGCAUAGCUCUCAUCCUCACCAUCAACCUCGUCUUCUUCGGCUUUACCAUGGCCCAAGCUCCUGGACCUCAAGCUCCGAUAUGUCCCAGAAGCUUAACCCAGGUCCAAGCUUGUGGCAACGGGCUUACAUCCAUCGUGGGUGGCCUCAACAUUCUAACGCCGAGGCAAUGCUGCACUCUAGUGGCUGAGCUUGACGUAUCUUUGGCCUCUGUCUGCAUCUGCGAUGCCAUAAAAUUGUCACUUCUCAAUGGAACAGUGGAGAUCAGUGUGAGACUUGGUCAGAUUCUUAGGUCAUGCGGUGUUGCUCCCCCAGAAGGUUUCAUAUGCGCCUAAUUCUCUCUUAUAAGACACCAGUUCCGUAUUAUCGGAUAAUCAUGGUGCAAGUAUGCUUCUCUAAUAACUAUAUAUGUUGUUGAAAAUAAAGUGAAACAUUUGUAUUGUUUUUACAUGUUUCGUUGUUAGCUAUGUUCUUCAGUUUAAUUCCCGGCCGUAUGUUGUAUCUCUUGGUUCAGAUGGAAAAAAAAACAAUAUAUAUACUCAAAUUAUGAUCA